UUAUUUAUUUGUUUUUUGAACAUAUUUGAAAGAUUAACCAUAGACCAAAAAUAAAGAAAUAGAAAAUGAAUUGAUUACUAUUCCCCAUCUUAUUAGGACACAAAUAAUACAAAUUCAUUUUAUUUUUGAUUUUAAUGCUUGUACCCCCAAGAAUGCAUCACCCCUUUGGGGAUAUAAAUUGAAAACAGAAUGCUUUUUGGCAAUGCAUGUUACAACAUUUUAGCUACAUUUUUAAACCAUUUUACUCUCUCAUAACUUGGGGGUACAGUAAACAUUUGUUAUAAUAUUGUGUUAAACAAUAAUUAUAAUGUCUGUUUAUGAAUAUUUUAGCAUAUUGUAUCAUACUUAAAUACAUAUGUGGCAUAUCUGUUUAAGAUCAUCCUUGCUACGUGCAUCCUACAUGUUUGCUAGUACGAAAUCUGUUAGUCUCACAACCUUUAUGACCCUUCCUAGAAUAUUCAGGCCAUCUUGACAUAUUUAUGCAGCAUAAAGCACACUAAAGCAGAAAUCUCCUGACAAAACGUAAUCAUUGAGUUUCCGUCUUCCCAAAGAUUUUUUAAGAACACUUCUGUUGACUCGUAUUACAACACACUUCCUUCGUUUCACAUCCUUCUUUAUUUUGGACUCUUGCCAAUUUAUUUCACAGUGUCAUUUAUAGCUAUAAGAAGUGAAACGACACAUAAGCAAAAGGGUUUUGGUUACUGAAAAUGUAAGAAACUUGAAAUGAAAAGUAAGGAAAACUGUGUCAUCACUAUGUUGAAUCAAGACUAUUGAAGGCACUGCUUUAUUAUUAUUUUGUCUGCAUUUACUCGGAAUCGUUUAAAGGAAAACCGAAGCUAAGAAAAGUCAAGAAUUUCAACUGGAUGAUUUACUCUAUUUAAGUGAUUAUAACAGGGGUAAAUCUCAAAAUGUCUAAGAGAGAACAUGGUUUGUGCUUCAAGAAAUACUGUAGUUUGACCUCAUGGCUGCUUUACUGCUGUACUUUCAUAAAUCUUGUAAAUGGAUACUCCAUAAAGAACUGUACCAUCAGAGGGUCUUUGAAAUAUGCCCAAAACAUAAAUGUGCUUUGUGAUAAGAGGUCCCUGCAUUUCGUACCAGGGAAUAUACCGGACAAAACCACAUACUUGGACAUUUCUAGCAAUGUCAUACAGAAGAUAAUCAAGGAGAAUUUCUCUCAGCUGGAUAAUCUUAGAAGUCUUAAUGCACGACACAACAAGAUCAAGGACGUGGAGGAAGGAGCAUUCAGCAGUUUGGUGGCUUUGCAGGAGUUAAAUCUGGCCAACAACAGACUGACAGAUAUCUUGGGAGGAAUGUUUCAGAAUCUGGGAAAUCUCAGUGUGUUGCAUCUGAAUGAAAACUCGAUCACAAAUAUCAGUAUCUCUGCAUUUUCACCCCUGGUCAGUUUAAGAAAAGUUAAUCUGUCCAGAAAUCUUCUGAAGAAAAUAAGCAAAGUUCAGCCGCUCUUUUUAUUACCACAGUUACAGGAAGUGCACAUUGGGAGUAAUGGUUUCACCUCUUUUCAGACCUCGGAGGUGUCCAACAUAUCUUUGAGACUAAAAGUCCUGUAUUUAUUUCAAAAUCCUUUGAAAGAGUUCAGUAUCACUGCAAAUAUUUUCCCUCACCUUAAUAAUUUGGACUUGGCUUUUAUUACUGAAAACAUGACAUGGGAUGUGAAGGAAAAAAGCUAUCUACAAAGUGUGCAACAUCUAAAUCUAAGUGGAAUACAAUUGCCCCUGGAGAAGAUCACAGAUGUCCUACAAACCUUCAACUCCUCUUUGGUCAGCCUAAAGCUACAUUUUCUGGGGGAUGUAAAAGUGAGAGCUUUGAUAAGGAAAGCCUGUCUAAUUUCUCCUUUAAAAUUUCUAGGCUUGAGGUGGAAUAACAUUACAUCCGUAUCAAAAGAUGAGAUGCAGUUUUGCACACAGUUAGCUGAGCUUGAUCUUUCCAAUAACAGACUAUACAGUGUCCCCGCUGUUGUCAGCAGUCUACCAGGUCUUCAUUUUUUGGACCUCACCUUCAACAAUAUAAAAAACAUAAGUAGAGUUGAUUUUACCAACUGUACCCAAUUACGAACCCUUCAGAUUUACGGUAAUGAUAUAUCUUUUGUUGAGGAAUUUGCUUUUAAAGAUCUGAAAAACUUAGCAACUCUAAUGAUUGGAUCUAACAGAAUCUCUUUCAAUGGAUAUUUUAAAAGAGAUCUUCAAAAACUUGAGAGUUUGGAUCUAUCAAAUAACAAGCUGGACUCUGUCCAUAGGGGAGAUUUUGACUCCUUAAAAUCACUGAAGAAUUUGUCUCUACCAGACAAUCAAAUAUCAUUUAUUGAAGCAGGGUCUUUCAAUGGACUGACAAAUUUAAUUUUCUUGAAUUUGCAAUCAAACAAGCUCUCUCGGAGUUCAAUAAAUACUAAUGUGUUCUCCAGGCUCCCAAACCUGAAAACACUUCUGUUGAACAAUAACUAUAUUUCAUAUGACAGUCAAGACAUUCUUGCACAACCACCCUUUAAACAUCUGAGAAUGCUUAAGACCCUGAACAUUUUUAGCCAAGGCCAUAAAGGAAUGCGUUAUUUACCCUCAAACCUUUUCCAGGGACUGCGGUAUUUGGAAGACAUUCAAGCAGAGAAUCUUAAUAUAAAUUAUUUACAUCCAGAUACAUUUACUUACACUCCUUAUCUGUGGGAACUGGAUCUCAGCAGAAAUGAAUUUAUUUCACUCACAACAAAAAUAUUUCUGCCACUCCAGGUCCUCAAGACACUGCACCUGUCUAAAACUGGCUUGCAAUCUUUGGACUUUCUCAUUAACGCAAAUCUCAGUAAACUACAUCUGCUGCAUGCAAGCAAGAAUGCAUUAUCUGUCAUUAAUGAGACAUUGAUCCAGUCUCUUCCAACACUGAUAUACCUUGAUCUACAAGGAAAUUAUCUCUCAUGUGACUGUACCAAUGCCUGGUUCGUCAACUGGACCAUAAGUAGCAAUGACACUGAAGUUGAGAGUGCUUUUGAUCUCACAUGCAAUUACCCAGACAAACUCAAAGGACAUACGCUCCUGGAACUUGAUGUAGGUUCAUGUAAUGUAGAUGUUGGAUUUUUCUGUUUCAUUUCCACAUUCACACUGGUCUCUGUGAUCCUCCUUGGCUCUUUCCUCUUUCACUUCCUCAAAUGGCAGGUUAUUUAUGCUUACUACCUUUUCCUUGCUUUUCUCCGUGAUAACAAACAGCAGAGAAAGCCCAAUGGUUUGCAGUAUGAUGCAUUUAUUUCCUAUAAUGUUCAUGAUGAAUUGUGGGUAAUGAGGGAACUGUUACCUCAGCUGGAAGGCGAGCAAGGCUGGAAGUUGUGUUUGCAUCACAGGGACUUUGAACCAGGCAAACCUAUCAUGGAUAAUAUUAUUGAUGGCAUUUACAGCAGUCGCAAAACCAUCUGUGUGAUUAGCCGUCACUACCUGGAAAGUGAGUGGUGUUCCAGAGAGAUCCAAGUUGCUAGUUUCCGUCUCUUUGAUGAGAAAAAAGAUGUUCUUAUCCUGGUAUUCCUAGAGAAUAUUCCAAGUCAUCAACUGUCUCCGUACUACAGAAUGAAGAAACUAAUCCAGAAGAAGACAUAUCUCAGCUGGCCUAAACCAGGAGAGGACACCAGGGUCUUCUGGCAGAAACUGAGAGUAGCUCUUGAAACCAAAGCCACCUCAGAAAUGGAGCAUCCCAUUGAUUUUGGGGUCAUCUAACUGUUUCUAACUGAAGAAAAUAUUCUGCAACUUUGUUGUUGAACUACUUAAUGAUGUAUACCCUUAUUUCCUAGAGCACGAUCGAUUGUAAUUACUUCCUCUUUUUAUGAAAGUUUAUGUAUGGAGUUUAUGUAACUUUUCAUUAACAGUAUAUUUUUGUGUUGUUUGCGUAUUCACUUGUUUUGACACUGAACACAAUCUGGGUCACUUUAAAGGUAGGGUAGACAAUUUCAGAAGGUCUAGCGAUAGAAUGCUAGCAUUGAAAACAAGAUCCCCACCCUCCCUGUAUAAUCAUUAAGCCAGUGGUGGUAACUACUCACGUUACUGUAAUUAAGUAGUUUUUUUCCGGGUACUUUUACUUUUUUGAGUAUAUUUUUAAAACUGUACUUUUACUUGUACUUAAGUACAAAUUUAGCAAAAUAAUCUACUUCGUUACUUUUAAAUCAUAGUUCGUUACUGAGUACGCUGCCCACAAUUUGAAUUGAUAUUCAAACCUUUGACGGCACUUCAGUAGCCAAUAAAGAUAUCCGAUCGUAAAUAGACCAAUAAAAACCCUGAUAUCUGAACUUGCUGAUCGGACAGUGAGGAAGCUCAGUGUAACUUAUGGGCUCAAAGUUUGGAGAAACAAACGACAUGGUAGUGUUAUCCUAAAUAUCGAUAUUUUGAUACCUAUAAUGAAAUACCUGACAUGGUUCCAUUACUCAUUUUCCACAGUAUCUCCUGUAUGUACAUCGAUACACGCUGUGUCUCGCUCUCUCCGACAGCGAGUUUGACACGCAUCCGUCUCCUGUCAGUUACAGAGUCUGAAUGUCCGCGCGGGAUUGGAGGUAUUCAGCAUAGUUUUAAUUAGGGGUGUAACGAUAAAUCGAUUAAUGGAUCGAUUCUACAAUUUUCCUAAUGCAUCGCGAUUCUCUUGAAUCGAUUCUGAACUUAGUUUUUAACAGCAGAUGGCGCUCUAGGCUAGUUUUUAACUUCACACUCAAAUGCUCACAAAGACGACCGUUUGUGCAUUCAACUGAGUGGUUAAAUGUACUUGCACCUCUGCUUUUAUGACGCAAGAUUAAUGUAAACACAACCCACUGUGAACACUCUUGUAAUUCGCUUCAACCUUUUUGAACUUUAUGAAUGAUUAUUUUAAUAGUGGUGUGUGUGUGUGUGUAAGGAACUGAAAGCAAGCUGUUUUUAAAGCAUGCAGUGCCAUCUGCUGUUAAAACUAAGCUCAGAAUCGAUUUCAGAGAGAAUUGCGAUGCAUUAGUUUAAUCGAUUUAUCGUUACACCCCUAGUUUUAAUCAUUCCCACGCAAAUGUGGCGAGCGCUUUAUUGUAACAUGAGAACACAGUCAUGUAAUCUCAGAAAACUGGAUGCGAGCUCUCAAAUAGGCCUAACUUAUACAAAUGAACUGCCUGUCCUCUCACUCUGAUAUUGCUUGUGCGCAGAAUGUGUGCAAUCGCGAUCUCUCCGUGCUUUUAAAGUAGACAUUAUUCCUUGAUUAAACUUUGUGAAAGGUUAUCAACCAUUCAGAGUAGAUCCAUGCCUGACCGAUGGAAAUGCUACUGGAAAUGUUAUUGGCUGUAAGUGAAAUGUUCCAGAAAGUCUUUCAACAAUCAAAGAUGGAUCUUUAAUUUCUUUACAAUGUAAGUUUAUACUAGAAAUGUUUUGGAAUGGGAUAUUUGUAUGAUUUGUACAUAUAAAUAUCAUAGUCUGUCUAACUGCAUCACUACAUUGUACAGACAUUACAGGUCAAAGCCAUCCAUUUAUCAAAAUAAACAACAUAAAUGGCUCUUAAAUCACUGCUUUAAAAAAUUCAGUGUUGUCAUAUUUCGAAUACCACAACUAAAUUGAGGUCAUUUGUUUUAUAAUUUUAUUAUUGACUGUGUACUUGUCUUUUUUUGUAAAUUCAGUUCAGUUUGAAAUCAAAAUUGAAAUCAUGCUUUCUUGUGCUGUAAGCUUUUGCAACAAAGUUACCCUAUUUUAAAGACAAAUACACAGAAUGAGCAAAUGUUUAAGACUGAGAUUUUUGUAAUGGUAACUGUUUAUAUGUAUGUAAAUAAAAGCCUAUAUGUUCAUCA